AUGUCGCAACAGGUUCUUUUUGAUAUCUCCAAUGCGCCUCCCAGAGCUGUGGGUCAGGCCAGGCGACACCACAAUGGACGCAAGCGAAAAGCAAACGUUAGCGCUCGACGAAGCACGAAAUACCGUUCAAACCGCAUUGUAGACCGUUCGGACCUUGUUAUUCACCAAGUAAAUGAGAUGAGCCGUCGGGAUACAUCGGUUCCGGAAGGCAUACCAAGUAAAUCCACCCAACUCAAGGAGCAUACUUCACAAAUGUCGUUACCUACUAAGGAAUUGCUUGUGAACACAUUCAGCACCGUAUCUUCAUUUGACCCCAUCUUCUUCAAGUUCCCGGAUCGAAUCGGUGGACACAAUCCUCAAUCUUCUCUUAAGUCUGGGUCAACCUUCACCUUUCGGAAGUGGAUGCACGACAGGACUACCGAUGGGUCGGUAAUAUCAAACGAGGAUUACAGACAGCAGGUGAAGGCUACGCAGGCUCUCAAGAACGCUAAGAAUGCUCCGCCUUUGACCCUGCUCCAAGAACUUUCUCGUUGCUACGUGAUCGCUAUGACUCAAGUCGGUCAGACCUGGUCGGGUCGCCUUCAAAUUGGUCAAUUGCAAGGGGAAGAGUACGAGGCCAUCUUCUCAACAUUUGGGCUUCCGAUUGAUUGA